GGCAGCCGAUUGGGGGGGGCACGUGCCCCCCAUGCCCCCCCCUCGUAGUUACGCCACUGGUCUUGGGAUUAUCUAAAUGAAUGUUAUGACAAGUUCGUGUUGCUCAAGCAAUGGAAGUUGUUAUUAUAAUAUAUGAAAAGAAAUCGGUAAACACGGGGGAAACAGUUUGUAAUGUUUUUAAACGAUAAAAAGAGGAUCAGUGUGUGACAGAUGUGCUCAUUUUUUACAGAUCCUAACGGCUUUCUUUUGAAAUAAAAAUGAAUGGUCGAGUUUGGUUUUACCACAGUUUCCCCAGAUCAGGUUGCAAUAAUUGAUGUAUGGUAGAACCAACGCAUUGUAGGCAGUAGCGUACCUAGGAAUUUCCACAGGGGGGGGGGGGGGGCAAAACCGUCCGCCAAAAAAUUGACAAGGAAAAAAAAAGGUCUUCAACCACAAAAUACAGGAUUUCGUACCAGAAAAAAAUUGACAAGCAAAAAAAAAAGAAAAAAAAAGGUCCUUCAAAGGAGGGGGCCACUGGCUCGUCAGGGAUCAGAUGUGACUUCUCGUCAGGGGGGCAGGGAUACGUCCCUUGCAUGGGUUGUGACCCCCCUGCCCCCCAUAGGUACGCUAGUUAUUGUAGGCCUAUAUCAUAAAAAGGCAAUGCUCUGGCAAAUAUUUUAGUUUGUAUAAUAUUCCAAUUCCUUUAGCUAUUGAUGAUGAUAUAUUCAUGAUAUUGGUUACAUGCUGGUUCCAUGAUAAAUGUUUGUCUAUUGUAAUUUCAAGGAAUUUUACAUAUUCUUUUAUAUCUAUAUGUAUUUUAUCAAUUGAAAUCUUUUGUGGACAAUUUUUAUUCCUAUAAAGUAGUUUGAAAAUUAAUACAAUAAGUUUUGUUUGUGUUUAGAGAUAACUUGUUACAUUUAACAUGUUUAAACCACGAGGAUUUUUUUUUUAUUCUAAAUUCAUUAUAUUGAUUAAUUCAUCUAUAUUUCUGUGAUAUAACAAAAUAUUCGUAUCAUCAGCAUAUAGUUUAGAAUGAAUGAAAUAAUCGAGGAAGAAAUUACUAUGUCGUUCAUGUAGGCCAAUUGAGGCCAAUAUAAAAAAAACCCAGUAAAGGUCCUAAAAUGAAACCUAGUGGCACUCCGCAGUUAAUAAAAGACAAAGGAGAUUUAACAUCAUUAAUAGAAAAGAACUGUCGUCGAUUUGAUAGAUAGCUUUAAUCCAAGACCAAGCAACCCCCGUAUUCCGUAAUUAUAUAAUUUAUGAAGUAAAAUGUUCAAUGGUGUCGAAGGCCUUACUUAGGUCCAUAAAUAAAGCGAUUGUAUGAUUUCUUUUGGAAAGAGAGUUUACAACAUUAUCAAGAAGUUUACUUAUUGCAUAAUCAGAAGAGAUAUUUUUCUAAAGCUAAAUUGGGCUGGCGUACGAAUUUCAUGUAAUGAUAAAAAAAAAUCCAAUCGUUUAUACACAAUUUUCCCCAAUAUUUUGGAUAUACAUGGUAAACAUGGUAAAAGUGAUAUGGGACGAUAAUUAGUAACUUUAGUCGGGUCUUCUUAUUUGUAAACUGGGACAACUUUUGUUAUUUUUAAUAAAUCAGGACAACACCUUUCUCUAAUGGAGAGACAAUGGUAUAUAUUACAUACUCUAAAAGCGUUAUGCUUAUUAUCCUUUUGAUUUUUUUUUAAUGUUAAAACUUCGACUUUCUUAAGUAUUUCAUGUAGAUCUUUUCGAAUAAAACGCAUUGUAUUUGGGUUGGGAUCGUAGAGAUAGUCCGCAAAAUCCUUAUUAUCACGAUGUUCGUGAAAAAAUUAUUAAACGCUUGAGCAAUUUCAAAUGGGUCAGUAAAUACUUCAUUUUGAAUUUCAAGUUUUUCAACAUAUUAUGUGAUUAACUUUUGUUUAUCAAUAUUAUAACAUUCCACGUUGCAUUCAAAUUCCCUUUUGCAUUUUCCAUCUCUUUAUAGAAUAAAAUAUUUUUUUCGAAGUUCGAAUUUCUCCGGGCGGUUCAGUGUAUUGCGAUAUACUUCUUAUCCCUAUAAAAAUUAUGAUCAGAUCGAUUAGAAACGUGUGAUCUAUAAAGUUUAUUCCGUUUGAAUAUAAGAUCCCUCGAUUAAACCAUGGAUUUCUGAUAUCAUUAUUGCUCGCUCACUCGAAACGUUUUAGAAAUUUCCCCCAAACGAUAUCGUUGGCCCCCUCAAAAUCUGUGGCUCAUUGCGCUAUUGGCCUUUUCACAUUUGAAUUGCGUUUUACAAUGAAAGUUCUUUCAUGUGAAUACAUGUAUUUUGUUUGAAUGAUCAAAGUCAAAUGACGCCUUGAACUUUUUAUUCAUUAUAUUUUCUCUUUAUAGCAACUGCAUUGUGAGAAGCCAUGAACGAAAUCGGUAUUCUUUUGUUGGGGAAAAAAUAGCUUAAACCACACAACGAGGGUUGAAAUUAUCACAUAUUAAUAUCACACAAGUUUGUGUGGUAUUAUAAAGUAUUUGGCUGUGAGUGUAUGCUGUGGAGUAUACAGUGCGAUAUCAGUUCUUUCUAGGUGUGUCUAAGGCAAAGGAGAGAACGAAGGUUUGCAUCAUGACUGAGUUCCUGAAUUUAACAUCGAUCACUGCUUAUGCAGUGGUUAUCACCGCAGUGAUUGCUAUCUUAAACAUGGUAAGAAAUGCCAUGAACAAGAGAGAGGAAAAUGAUGCGAUUGCUGAAAGUGGAGGGCGAAGUCUUCCAGGACCAUGGGGUCUUCCCAUUAUUGGUAACAUGCUGUCUGUAGACACAAAAAACCUUCACCUAUCUAUGAUCAAGCUCGCUAAGGACUAUGGAAACGUGUACAAGCUUCAGCUAGGUAGCCGCCCAGUCCUUGUCUUAAAUGGACUUGAAGCAAUCAAACAUGCAUUGAUUGAGCAACCAGUCGUCUUUGCAGGUCGACCUGAUAUGUUUACCUUCAAUCUCAUGAACAGUAUGAGUAUCUAUGGCCCAGCUCUUGCCUUCAAAACACAUAGCGAGCAAUUGAAGCUACAUCGAAGUAUUGCCGAGGAGACUUUCCGGCAUUUCUCUGAAGGUGGUCGAGCACAGUUCUUUGAGGAUCUGAUGAAAGGAGAAGCAGAAGAACUUGUAGGAAACCUGAAGGCUUCCCGGACCGAAGGAAUACCCGCUAUUCAACGUCUACUUCGUUUGUCUGUGACCAAUCUCAGCCUUUGGUAUUUAUUCAGUAAACGUAGUUCCUAUGAUGACAAGACCCUCACAGAUAUUAUCUCUUUGACAUCUGAUUCCGAAAAGCCUUCUGGAAGUGGGAGCGCCUUGGACUUCUUUCCUUGGCUAAGAUAUAUAACUACAAAAUCUGUGACCCCAUUGAAGAACUUUCGGAAGAAGUUUGGAGAAAUCCUAGUUGGAAUCAUUGAAGAACAUGAUUCUCUGUAUGAGUCUGGAUCUGAACGAGAUAUCAUGGGCCAUCUAAUUACCACAGGGCGCAACAGUGAGGACGAACUUCAAAGGUUAGGGUUGAACGGAAAGGCACUUUACCAAAGCGCCUUUGACUUUUUCCCAGCUGGUACCGAGACCAUCUUGGCUACUUUAGAAUGGAUGAUGGUUUACAUGGUCACCCAUCCUGAAGUGCAGUCUGAUGUCCAACUCGAGAUCGAUAAUAUCAUAGGUCGUGAUCGUUUGCCUUCAUGGAGUGACCGUGAAAAGCUUCCGUUGACUCAGUCAUGCCUUCUUGAAAUACAGCGUCACGCAACAGCAGUUCCCUUUGCUGUACCUCACAGUACAACCAGAGAUACAGUACUUGAUGGAUACUACAUUCCUAAAGACAUGUUAGUCUUUGUUAGUAUCUACUCAGCUCAUUUUGAUCCUGGUGUCUGGGACAAACCCGAAGAAUUCAAUCCCCGUCGUUUUCUAACACUAGACGGAAAACUUGACGAGGAAAAGACCAAGCUUGCUAUUCCAUUCAGUCUUGGAGUGAGACGGUGUGUGGGAUCAGGUCUGGCUCGGAUCAAGCUUUUCACCUACUUCACCACAUUCCUGCAUCAGCUUAACUUCAGAUGUCCAGAUGGUGAGAAAGGAAGUAUUGAGCCUGGCAGCCUUGGAUUCCCAAUACGCCCCAAGGUUUUCAACGUGCAGAUCGAUCCAAGAUAAGCGCCCUCUAUCGUCAUACUGGAAAAUCAAAUGAUUUAGUCUUUGAAAAGUGAAUUGGUGUUUGAUUACACAAAAAAGUUUGUCAAAUUGUCGUAUUAUGAAGAACAUGAAUUAUUAUAUAUUUUCAAUGUAGCCUUAAUUUUAAAUAUGUUUGUCAAAAACGAAUAGUUUAAAUAAUUUACAAUAUGUAGGCCCAGGAAUCUUGGCAGGAACAAAUUAAUAACUUCCCUAAGUAAGAAACACUUUGGUUACUGUGCACCCUGAACUAACACAAACACAGAACAAGAAAAAAGGAAAACAAAUCAUACGUUAAAAAAAAAUCACUUUAAAGAAAUUUAUUGAAACACUGUUUGAAACUACUUUUAUACUUACUCUUUACCUGUAUCUUUAAAAGUUUUCCAUCCGAAAAGAAAUUGUUUAAUUAUCCAUAAUUUUUUUAAAGAUGUUUUAUUGUUUUUAUCUAAAUUUUAAUUCAUAAUGGUUAAAUGUACGGUAUGUAACGAGGCAUUGAUCUGCAUAUAUCAUCUUCUACCCAGGUGAAUAAAUGGUAAGGAAAUUAUUAUUGGUAGCUCUAGUCAGGAAAACAAUCGAAUCUUAGAAGCACCAGGGUGGCGUUUCAUGAAUUCUAUUGUCAGUGAUUUUCAAUGACAACAUUGCUCUCAGCUAAUCAGAUUCAAGGAUUCACAGUAGCAACAACAGUCGCUUAAAUCAUUGACAAAAUAUUUCAUGAAACAUUCCCAAGUGAGUAUACCAUCAGCGUGCUAUAUUAGAACCAACUUCUCUUAUUUUCACUGUAAUUUCUGUAAAUAAUUAUGAUGAUUAUAAACUUUUUCAUUUCUAAAAGUACUUCGGGGUCCUAUAUCAGAUCUGAAUUCUUGAAAGCAUCAACAUAGUUCGUUCCAAUUAUGUACUGUAUUCAUUGAUAACGGACAAUUGAAAACAGUCAUGUUUAAUAGGUCCCCUGGUUCAAAUCAAUAGUAGUAAUAUUUUGAACAAUGAUGAUAUUCAUAAGGAUAUUGAUAACGAUAAUAAUGUAUUCGUCAAUUGCUUUAUGACCAAGAAAAUUUGAGGUGGUAUGACAUAUGACUGGCGUUUGUGGAGAAAUUUCGUGAGCAAAAAUGUUUGUCUUAGUAACUUGAUCAUUUGAUCACGCAUAUGAUUUUUACGUAAUUAAUUUACAAGUUUAAAAAAUGAGAUUGUUUCAUUUCUUUCUGUGAUAUGUGAGUUUAUACUUUGGGAUUUUCCGUAUGUUAUACAGUGCGUCCCAGAAAAAACGAAACCGAGAUUUAUCGAUGAUCUAUCAUAACUUAAUCACAAACACAAUAGACAAAUGACCUAUCAUUGUAAAGCUUAGAAUCUCCUCUUUCAUCUGAUAUUACUUAGAUUAUUUCCCAUUCACGCAUGAGUGAGCAAAAACAAUUUGAAGAGGGGAUACCAAAAAGUCAUUUGGCGGGCUGUAUCUAGGUUUCAAAAAGAAAACCACAUUUUCAAAGAGUUCAAUAUCUGCUCUUUAAUUUGAUACCUCAAUUACAGAAAAUGGUCAAGAAAUAUCAAAGUUCUGGUUAUUUGAAAUAAGGCUUGAAUUUCAAGACAUUUUACAGGCUAGCGUUCAAACUCACUCGACACUCCUUUUGUUGACGAUCAGCCAUGCAUUAAUAAGUCUUUUGUUAACCAUGCGAUAACUUCUGUGGGAAACCGGUGAAAACAAGUUUAUUUAAUGAAAUUAUGGAAAUACAAGCAUUGUUUCGAGGGAACAUAACUUUUUAACUUCUUGACCAUUUUUUGUGAUUAAGGUAUCAAAUAAAAGAGCAGAUAUUGAACUUUUUAGGCAUGUGAUUUUCUUUUUGAAAUUCAGAUACCCCCCGCCAAAUGAGUUUUUGGUAUCCUUUCUUCAAAUUGUUUUUGCUCACUCAUGCGUGAAUGAGGAAUAAUCUAAGUAAUAUCAGAUGAAAGUGGAGAGUCUAAGCUUUACAUUGGUAGGUCAUUUGUCUAUUGUAUUUGUGAUUAAGUUAUGAUAAAUCAUCGUUUAAUCUCUGUUUCGUUUUUUUCUGGGACGCACUGUACAUGGUUGAACAGUAAUAAUGGUGUGUAUAUUUCACAAUGUUCAAAGUUUUACGUUAUCUUAUGUAUAUUGUGGUGUUGGGGAUUUUAUUAAGACAAAAUAAAGUACCAUUAUCAUGCACCAUAGAAUUAUUUUAUCUAACUUUUGGAGCCUCGCUAUAAUUAUAUCAUUGAUGUUUGAAGGUUUUCAUGAUGGUAUGAAUAUCGCAGAAAUUGAUUCUGCGAUAUUGAUGACAGACUAUUGUAAACAAUCAUUUAAUAGGUCCCCAGGUUCAAAGCAAUAGUAGUAAUAUUUUGAACAAUGAUGAUAUUCAUAAGGAUAUUGAUAACGAUAAUAAUGUAUUCGUCAAUUGCUUAAUGGCCAAUAAAAAUUGAGGCGGUAUGACACGGCAUGACUGGCGUUUGUGGGGGAAAUUUCAUGAGCGAAAAUGUUUGUCUCAGUAACUUGAUCACACAAAUGAUUUUUACGUAAUUAAUUUGAAAGUUAAAAAAAUGAGAUUGUUUCAUUUCUUUUUGUGAUAUGUGAGUUUAUACUUUGGGAUUUUCCGUAUGUUAUACAUGGUUGAACAGUAAUAAUGGUGUGUAUAUUUCACAAUGUUCAAAGUUUUACGUUAUCUUAUGUAUUUUGUGGUGUUGGGGAUUUUAUUAAGACAAAAUAAAGUACUAUUAUCAUGCACCAUAAAAUUUAUCUAACUUUUGGAGCCUCGUUAUAAUUAUAUCAUUGAUGUUUGAAGGUUUUCAUGGUGGUAUGGAUAUCGCGGAAAUUGUUUACGGUACACCAUUACCCCUAAGAGGAUGGGGGCCAUGAUCCCCCCACGCUUCGCGCGAUAUUUCCGAAACGCAAAAAGAUAGCGCCGCAAAAUUUUAAGACUUUUUUCUUUAUAGUCUCGCACAACUUUUAAAACCAAAUUCUUGACAUACGGGUAUAGCAUCGCGACCCCACGUGAAUAUUUACGAGACAAUGUCAUGCCGAAAAUGGCUCAUUUUUAUACUUUGUGUACAAAGUCUAUGGGAGAUGAAAUUCAUAACAUGGUGAUUAUUUUUCGUUCUAAUUGGUCUGUUUAUUUAAUUUACGGUAUAAUUUAGUUGUUAAAUGGUAUGUAAUAAUUUACAUUGAAUAAAACAAUGAAA